AUGGUGUUAGCAGAUUUGGGUAGUCGCUUGCGAGGCGCUUUAUCAAGCGUUGAAACAGGCUCAGAAACUGAAAUUCAACUGAUGAUAAAAGAUAUAUGCACAGCGUUACUAGAGUCUGAUGUCAAUGUCAAGCUCGUGGCGAGGUUGAGAGAUAACAUAAAAACCAGAAUGGCUUCUGAAAUAAACGAGAAUGAAGCUUCAAGCAAUAAAAGGAAGAAGUUGCAGAAAAUUGUGUUCGACGAAUUAUGUUCCUUAGUGGAUUCGCAUGAAGAGCCCCCGAAGCCAAAAAAGAUAUCACAGCAGAAGUCAAAGACAGUCAAAGGCAAGCGGAAAAUUGUAAGUAAUGAUGAAGGAUCUCAUAUCAUCAUGUUUGUCGGUUUGCAAGGUGCAGGUAAAACUACAUCUUGUACUAAAUUGGCAGUCUAUUAUAAAAAGAGAGGUUAUAAAGUGGGUCUCGUAUGCGCUGAUACAUUCAGAGCUGGUGCAUUUGAUCAACUAAAACAAAAUGCUAUAAAAUCUUCGAUCCCGUUUUAUGGUUCUUACGUUGAAACUGAUCCUGUCAAAGUUGCAUAUGAAGGUGUGCAAAAGUUUAAGCAAGAGAGGUUUGAUAUUAUCAUUGUAGAUACAUCGGGUAGACACAAGCAAGAGCAAUCAUUGUUUGAUGAGAUGAUCCAGAUAUCUGAAAUGAUUCAACCUACCCAAACUAUCAUGGUUAUGGAUGGGUCCAUUGGUCAAGCGGCAGAGAGCCAGGCUAAAGCAUUUAAGGAGAGCUCAAAUUUCGGUUCUAUUAUUUUGACUAAAAUGGAUGGUCAUGCGAGAGGAGGUGGUGCAAUCUCUGCUGUUGCUGCAACGCACACUCCGAUUGUUUUCAUUGGAACAGGUGAGCAUGUAGGUGACUUGGAAAUUUUUAAACCUUCUUCGUUUAUUUCGAAAUUAUUAGGGAUUGGUGAUAUUCAAUCGUUAAUAGAACAUGUCCAGUCGUUGAACUUACAGGAUGAUGCUUCUCAUAAAAAAACCAUGGAGAAUAUAAAGGAAGGGAAAUUUACGCUCAGAGAUUUUCAAACUCAAAUGAAUAAUUUCCUCAAAAUGGGCCCCUUAACUAACAUUGCUUCCAUGAUACCUGGUAUGUCGAGUAUAAUGUCACAAGUUGGAGAGGAAGAAACGUCCAAGAAAAUCAAAAAUAUGAUUUACAUCAUGGAUUCUAUGACUACUAAAGAAUUAGAUAGUGAUGGCAGAAUUUUCAUAAAGGAACCGGAAAGAAUAAUUAGAGUGGCGAGAGGCGCAGGAUGCUCCGCCGUAGAAGUUGAAAUGGUCUUGCAACAGCAAAGGAUGAUGAGUACUAUGGCAGUAAAUGCUAAGAACAUGCAAGCAAACAACCCUGCUGCUGGUAAUCCAAACAUGCAAAGAAUGAUGCAACAAGCUCAACUGAAUCCUAAUUUCAUGCAACAAGCAAUGCAAAUGCUUGGAGGAGGAAAUGCUGGAAGUGGAGGUAUGCCUGAUAUGUCUUCUAUGAUGAAUAACCCUGGAAUGAUGCAACAAGCCCAGCAAAUGAUGAGGCUGAAUCCAGGAAUGAUGCAGCAGGCGCAACAAAUGAUGCAGAACCCUGGAAUGAUGCAGAAACUUAUGAGUCAAUUUGGUGGUGGAAUGGGACCUUAA